CUUCCACAUUGAUUUUCACUGAAAAUUGAAGUUAAGUUAUAUUUUUGCUGUCAUUAAAUUAGUGUCAGUUUACAAUCAAAUAAGUUCGGUGGUCUGUCAAUCCUCCACCUCAUAUUGUCAAUAUAAUUACUGUUAUUUAUCUACUUGACUAAAGAAAGGUUCGCUGACAGAAAUCAAUCGAAAUGUCAUUCCUUGUGCUCCUAUUGGUUCUAUACAUUAUUUGGGAUGUAAAUUAUUUCAUAAGAGUCGUCUUCACUGUUGUUGCUGGCCGUUUAUUCCAAAAGAAGCGAAAAAUAACCGACAAAACCACAAUUUAUGGCAUUUGUACAUCUCAAGAUGUUGACAUCUUUAUCCGCCACAUGAACAACGCCAGAUAUCUGCGUGAACUUGAUUUCGCCCGAUUCCAUUAUUAUGGCUUGACCGGGUUAUAUGAGGAGGUUAAGAAACUCGGUGGUGGAGCGGUUCAAGGUGCGUCCAGUGUUCGUUACAGGCGAACAAUUCCAAUCUUCCAUCCAUAUAAAAUCGAUACGAAACUCAUUUGGUGGGAUGAUAAGGCUAUCUAUUUGGAACAGCAGUUUAUUACAGUGGCUGAUGGUUUUGUAAGGGCUGUGGCACUAUCCAAGCAGUGCAUUACAAAUUGUAGUGUCAAUGAUGUGAUGAAGCAAUUCCCAGAGGGCAAGACUGCACCAGCAAUGCCAGAAGAGUUGAAAUUAUGGCUGCAAGCGAUCGAGGUGUCAAGUGACAAGCUGAGGAAAGAUAAAUAAGAGUUCAAAUUUAUUUGUUUUUAAUUUUUCGUCUUGAAGAGAGUGAGAUUGAUUUACUUUUAUACAUAAGGUGUUUUGAUAAUAAAAUGUAUUAUUAAUAAGUUGUUAAA